AAUAUUAUAUGCGUUGUUCAUGUAAUGAGCCUGAAAAACAGUAAGACUCAAGAUUUUUUUUCUACUACAGAAAGUGAAGUUACUUCAAUAAACCUUCAUCUCCAUCUGAUGCACCGAAAAAUGGCACCCAGUCUCCUAAGCAACUCAUCGUUAUAUCUGGAAAGUUCAUCUGCCGAUCCAGUUCAGAUAAUCAGCACAAAACAAGAUGUACAACAAAGUUAUCAACAAUACCAGAAACCAGUCAGAAGGAUAGUCAAAAGAGAAGGACCUCAUUAUAAAUGGGACAUAGUUUGGAAAAACGUUUUGAUCUUCAUCCUUCUACAUGGAUUUGGAAUUUAUGGGUUAUAUAUUAUGUUCGUGAAAGCACAAUGGAGGACAAUUCUAUUUGGGUACCUCUAUGCUGCAACGAGUGCCAUGGGCGUAACAGCGGGUGCCCACAGGCUAUGGGCCCACAGGACAUACAAAGCAAAAUUACCGCUGAGGAUAUUCCUGAUGAUUUGUCAAAGUGCUGCUCUACAGAAUGACCUUCACGAGUGGGUGAGAGACCACAGGGUGCAUCAUAAAUUCACCGACACGGAUGCUGAUCCUCACAAUUCUAGAAGAGGAUUCUUUUUCUCCCACAUAGGAUGGCUGAUGGUGAAAAAACACAAGGAUGUUUUCAGUAAAGGGAAAACAGUGGAUCUGAGCGAUAUUGAGAGUGACCCUGUUGUCAUGUUUCAAAAAAGGCACUAUGUAUUGAUGGUGACGUUUUUAUGCUUCAUGAUUCCUGCCCACAUUCCAUGGUACUUCUGGGGAGAAGAUUGGUGGGUUUCCUGGUACGUGACAAUCGCAAGGUACACGUUAUCCUUGCAUUUCACAUGGUUGGUUAACAGUGCCGCUCAUAUUUGGGGAACGAAGCCUUAUGAUAAAACUAUCAACCCGGUGGAAAACAAAUUCGUAGCAUGGGUAGCUUUCGGAGAAGGCUGGCACAACUAUCACCACAUCUUCCCCUGGGACUACAAAGCGGCGGAACUGGGAGACUACAGGCUAAACCCCAGCACAGCCUUUUUGGAUCUCAUGGCCUACUUCGGCCUCGCAUACGACCUGAAAACUGUGUCCGAAGACAUGGUUAGGAAGAGAGUGAAAAGGACCGGAGACGGAACGUGGAAAAAUAAAAAUGACAACGCAGGGGCGAGUAUGGGAAAUGAGAGUGAUGACCACCACCAUGGUGAAGGAGUGUGGGGUUGGGGAGAUAAAGAUAUGGAAGAGGAGGACAUAAAGGAUGUGAGAGUUUUUAAUGAACUGAAGGAAGAUUAG